AUGGGUCGUAUGCAUGCUCCCGGUAAAGGUAUCUCUAGCUCAGCGUUACCUUAUCGACGCACACCUCCGUCAUGGUUGAAAACCACACCGGAGGAAGUAUGUGAACUAAUCUUUAAGCUUGCCAAAAAGGGCAUGUCACCCUCCCAAAUUGGUGUCCAAUUGAGGGACUCACACGGCAUUGCCCAGGUUAAAAAUGUGACUGGCAAUAAAAUUUUGCGUAUCUUGAAAUCAAAUGGACUUGCUCCGGAAAUCCCCGAAGAUCUCUAUCAUCUCAUCAAAAAAGCUGUGGCAGUUCGCAAACAUCUUGAACGUAAUCGUAAAGACAAGGAUGCUAAAUUCCGCUUGAUUUUGAUCGAAUCACGUAUCCAUCGUUUAGCACGAUACUACAAGACAGCAGGACAGUUGGCCCCAAAUUGGAAAUAG